UUUAACCAAGGUGGCUGUUAAAAUGAUUGCAGUUUUACUGCUACUGCGGCUGAGCGGUUUCUUCGGUUCUGGGAGCUUUGGAAAGGUGCUGGUGUGGCCAGUGGAAUUCAGCCACUGGUAAAAUUUAAGGACAAUCCAAGAUGAACUUGUGAAGAAGGGUGAUGAAGUGACUGUUAUGAAACCUUCCAUUUCCUUCUCUCUCCAUGUUGACAAGACAUCUGGCAUUAAUUUGCAAUUUUUCCUACUUUGACCUCAAGAAUCUUUUCAUUGAAUCACUCAGGCUACUGAUUUAUGAACUGCCAAAGCAAUCAUUUUUGACAUAUUUUUCAAUGAUGCAACAAAUGAUUUGGAUGAAUUCAAAUUUUUGUGAGAAUCUCUGUAAAGAUGCAAUUUUGAACAAGGAACUUAUGACAAAGCUACAAGAAUCCAGGUUUGACGUCAUCCUUGCAGAUGCCUUGAAUCCCUGUGGUGACCUGCUGGCUGAAAUUCUCAAGAUGCCCUUGGUGUUCACUCUGCACUUCCUUCCUGGAUCCACACAUGAAAAGUACAGUGACGGACUCCCACUGCCUCCUUCCUAUGUGCCUGUUGCUCUGUCAGAACUCAGUGAGUGGAUGACAUUCUUGGAGUGGAUGAAAAAUGAAGACCCACUACCAUAUAUGAGACAAUGAGCAAAGCAGACAUGUGGCUCAUUCGGACCUACUGGGAUCUGGAGUUUCCUCACCCCACCUUACCAAAUUCUGAUUUUGUGGGAGGACUCCACUGCAAACCUGCCAAGCCUCUGCCUAAAGAGAUGGAAGACUUUGUCCAGAGCUCUGGAGAACAUGGUGUUGUGGUGUUUUCUCUGGGGUCGAUGGUUGGCAACCUGACAGAAGACAGGGCCAAUGUGAUUGCAGCAGCCCUUGCCCAGAUUCCACAAAAGGUGCUCUUCAUCUAAGGCCGGCUGGCACCAGCAAGUGGCGCCUUGAACAGGGACCUGAAAAGUAGGGGAAAAAGUGAAGGACACCACUGGAGAAGUUAAAUGAGUGCACUCGGUAAGAUUGGGAAGUGGUGAGUAUUUAUCUUGCUCCGGGCCCAAGGAGCAAAAGUGGAACGUAAGCAACUUGUAAAUUUUUUAGACUUUGUAGAAAAGGUUUGUCCUUGGUUUCCUGAACAAGGUACAGUGAGUUUAGAUGUGUGGCUACAUGUUAGAGAGAAAAUGCAGGAUUACUAUGACAUGGAGGGUCCUUCCAAAGUUCCCAUAGAUGCUUUUACAUUGUGGGCUUUGGUUAGAGAUAGUCUUGAUCCGC